UGACUCGUUCCCACUCCAAAGGUGGCGAUUGUCGACUUGUCGUGUCGGAAAUCGUAAUCAAAGUCCUACCGCCACCACCCUUCUACUUCGUACAGCCACCGUCGGACCCACCCCCAUAAAACCCGUUUCAGUUUUCCCUCCAAAACGUGGCUUACACUCAACCCAUUUCUGAAUGUGAGCAUAGUAGAUUUGCUCUGUAUUUUAUAUUUUUAUCGGGUUGAAGAAAUCUCGAUUUAUUUGCCUUCUUUGGACAAUCUGUGAGUCACAAUUGACUCGGAAGAUGUAAAUGAGGAAAUCAGUUUUUCCACCUUUGCAGCUCAACUUCAUGAGAGUUAGAAUAUGGAUUACGCGUUUGUGCAUAUCAAAAAAGAUGUAUACAACAAUAGAAGAAUAGUAUUAUCAGACAAGAAUUGUUUGUCUGAUCAAUCGCGUGUGGAGGUAAAGCUUGAAGAUCUAUUGUUCGCGAGCCUUGAAAUAACAAAUCUUGACGAUAAACCCAUGGAGUACUAUCAUGGGAUGCUCCGUUGCUCGUGGCAUAAUGGAUUUCCACACUAUGUUUUCACUGUGGAAGACGACAGAAAAGUCUUUAUAAAUUCAAAAUAUAUUAAAGUUGAGUCGACUACUGAUGAGGGCGUGGAACGUGUUUACAUGUUUCAUUCUAAAGACUCGGAUCUUCUUGGUGAAAUGAGUGUUUCUACAUCUUUUGAACUCUGUCCACAUGGUACACAAAUCAUGGAGACAAAGUUUGUUUUGUGUGCCAAUGGUGAUAAUAUUGAAGCAUACACACAUACUUUAGAUCAGAAUCAAGUUUUCAAAAAUCGCAACUUGUUAGAUCGUCUUUCACUUCCACACCUCGAGUUAGCAGCUAUAGUGAUGAAAGAUUGUAUUCGCGAGAGUCAAAAAGAGGUAGAAGUUGGUGGUUGGGGAUUAAAGUUUCUCAAAAAGGACAGACAUUGUGAAACUUGCAGACAAAAUACCAAUAUGAAUGUUGUUGUUCCUGCUGGUGUUCAUGGCGGGCCUAGAUCAAGAAACGGUGGAGGCCCGUCUAGCCUUGUUGAGAGGUGGAGAAGCGGUGGUUCUUGUGAUUGCGGUGGAUGGGACCUUGGUUGUCCCCUCACUGCGCUUCAUGCUAGACCGAAUAACCAAGAUGGUAGCUUUGGGGAUAGUGUUUCAUUUGAUUUAUUUGUACAGGGUUGUAAGCAAAGUGUGCCGGUUUUAAAAAUGGUGGAAGUACGUGAUGGUGUGUAUGAUCUUCGUUACAAAUCAAUUAUAUCGCCUCUGCAAUCUCUUUCGAUGGUUGUGGCAGCAAUCCAUAGGCAUAAUAGCUCUAUCAUGAGACCUAAAUUAUAUGCAAACUGACACAAGAUAACCAUGAUCUACAAGUACCAUAGUGAGGGAAAUUUAGUAUAAAGAAUUUGGGAACAUAUACAUUUUUUAAAUGUAGCGACUCAUUUAGUGUAUACAUUGUUACAUAUUGUAAAGACAUUAUUUAUUUUGAUUACAAUAGAAAUAUGAACAUUCGAUAUA